AUGACAAUACAAAUGGAUAAAAAACAUCUAAUGAGAUUUUUACGGGUCGAAAAUGAGCGCAUUAUGGACCUGUUAAUAAAUUGUAAAGUUCCUGAUUCUGUAGAAGAUACUGACUACGAAAGUUAUCUGCUGCCAAAUGACAAGCCCGUUAAUAUUAAUAAACAACAAAUUUUAAAAAAUUCGAUGCCGGAUGAUGAACUGCAGGAUCGAUUAAAUCUAAUCAAAAACAAAAUGAAAAUGAAAAAAGGAACUUCUGAGAAGAACCGUGAAAGGAAAGAGACCAAGAAGUUGCGGAAAAAUAAAGAAUUUAAGAAGGUAUUGAUAUCGGCGGCGAAAUCUUUGAAAAACGAGCAAUCUAAACAAAUUCAUACCAUUAAACAUGAUGACGAUGAAGAAAAUGAAAGCAAACGCGAUAUAAAACCGAUAAUAACUAAACCCAUAUUUAAUGAAGAGGGGAAAAUUGUUUUUUCUAAAAUAGAUUUCGCUCAAAAGCGUAAACAAUCUCAUAAAAAUCCUCGUGAAAUAUUAAAUGAAUUGAAAGAAACCGAUAAAAAGAUCAAUGAGCUUAAGGAACAGGGCGAUAUUAUAAAAGCUUCUGAAUUAAAGACUGAAUUAUCGUGGAAGAAAGCUUUCGAUAAAGCUGAUGGUAAAAAGGUUAAAGAUGAUCCUAAAUUACUUUAUAAAACCAUCAAGAAACACAAACUUGAGAAGAAGAAAUCGAAAAUGGAAUGGCAAGAUCGUGAAAAAAAAGUUGAUAAUGAUAUAGCAGCGCGGCAAAAGAAACGUCAAGAGAAUAUUAAUAAGCGAAUAAAAGAUAAUCAAAUUCGAAAACUAAAGAGAGCGAGCAAAAAGGGACGAGUUAUACCGGGAUUUUAAUAAAGAAUAUUUAAUUCAAAAAAUAAUUCUAUAAAUCUCAUUUUCUCAUUCUAAAGCCGGUCUUCUAACAUUACAACCGUGAUUACCUUUCCAUGACACGGAAAUAAGCAUUGGUUCUUAUAGCAGCUAACUAUCAGUCGGAGCUAUUGCAUAAACAUUAUUGUUAACAUUAGUGUUAUUUUAAGUUUUAUUUCAGCAAUAGAGUAUGGACUACAAUGUACGAAAAAGAAAAGUGAAUCUUUGACAUUACGUGACAAUUCAACGGCAACCAUAAUAAACCGAUCUAGAACUUGGAACAAGAAGAACUUAAAGGGUCCUCUUGGUCCUUCUCACCGGGUUCCAGUAGUGGAGUUGAAUUCUUUCCAUGAGGAAACUUUUAGAUAACCGACAAGUCAUGCAUUUUUUUUUUUUUUUUGUUGCAAGAGACAAAGCAAUAUUCAGCCAUGUAAAAACUUACUUUUCAUGAAAACUGAUCGAUUUUUAUUCAAACUGCGACCUAAGAUCGCAAUAAAUGAAAUAAUUCUUUGCUUAACAAAUGAUUCUGUCAUUAUGUAUACAUAUAUAUAUGCUCUUAGAACCUGCGUUAAACCCUUUUAACAUUUCUUAAAAUUGUCAUAAUUUUAUUUUCAAUCAAAUUUUUUGUUGCAUAGAGAAG